CUAAUUCUCCAAAAUACAAAACAUUCAUUUAACAAAUACAAUAAACAGAAACAUGACAUUUCCAAAACUCUUGCUCAUUACACUCUUCUUGUCUCUUCAAACACUCUUCAUUGCUUCUCAAAUCCUUACUUCUUCAUCAAACUCUUCCUCAAGCAUCUGCAAAACGACUCCGGACCCCAAGUUCUGCAAGUCAGUGUUCCCACAAACGUCACAAGGGGACGUUCGGGACUACGGCCGCUUCUCCCUACGUAAGUCACUAACGCAGUCGCGAAAAUUCACACGCACGAUAGACAAAUACCUCAAACGCAACAAAGGCUUAUUAUCACACUCCGCCGUUGGAGCUCUCCAAGACUGCCGUGACUUAGCUAGCCUCACUACGGACUAUCUCACAACGUCGUUCGAGACCGUCAACGUCACCGCAUCGUCCAAAACGCUGUCGUUUUCGAAAGCCGAUGAUAUCCAAACGCUUCUUUCCGCGGCGUUGACCAACGAGCAAACGUGUCUCGACGGGGUCAACACCGCGGCUUCCUCCUCGUGGACCAUACGGAACGGCGUCGCAUUGCCUCUCAUUAACGACACGAAGCUUUUCAGCGUUUCCCUCGCUUUGUUCACCAAAGGGUGGGUCCCAAAGAAGAAGAAACAAACCGGCUACUCUUGGGCCCACCCGAAGAACACUCACUCUCACAACAAGCCGCUCCGUCACUUUCGUAACGGAGCUUUGCCGUUAAAGAUGACGGAACAGACGCGCGCCGUUUACGAGUCUUUAAGCAGGAGGAAGCUCGCCGACGACAAUGACGAUAACACGGUGCUUGUGAGUGACAUUGUGACGGUGAACCAAAACGGAACAGGGAAUUUCACGACCAUUACGGACGCAGUUGCGGCGGCGCCGAACAAAACCGACGGUACAGCUGGAUACUUUGUUAUCUACGUGACGUCUGGUGUUUAUGACGAAAACGUAUUGAUCGCUAAGAACAAAAGGUAUCUAAUGAUGAUCGGUGACGGAAUCAACCGUACGAUUAUUACCGGUAACCGGAGCGUCGUUGACGGUUGGACCACUUUCAACUCCGCCACUUUUGCCGUGACAUCGCCGAACUUCGUCGCGGUAAACAUGACUUUCCGGAACACGGCCGGACCAGAGAAGCACCAGGCCGUGGCGUUGAGGAGCAGCGCCGAUCUCUCCAUCUUUUAUAGCUGCAGUUUCGAAGCUUACCAAGACACUUUAUACACUCACUCACUAAGACAAUUCUAUAGAGAAUGCGACAUAUAUGGAACAGUCGAUUUCAUAUUCGGAAACGCAGCUGUUGUCUUACAAAAUUGUAAUCUGUAUCCGAGACAAGCGUUACCGAACCAGUUUAACGCUAUCACAGCUCAAGGUCGUACCGACCCGAACCAAAACACAGGAACUUCGAUCCACAAUUGUACGAUUAGACCUGCGGAUGAUCUGGCUUCGAGCAACUAUACGGUCAAAACGUAUUUGGGACGACCGUGGAAAGAGUAUUCACGUACGGUUUUCAUGCAAUCGUACUUGGAUGGUUUUGUUGAACCGGUUGGUUGGAGAGAGUGGAAUGGAGAUUUUGCAUUGAGUACGCUGUACUAUGCUGAGUAUAACAAUACCGGACCCGGUUCAAGUACCACGAAUCGGGUGGUUUGGCCAGGUUAUCACGUGAUCAACUCAACCGAUGCGAAUAACUUUACGGUUUCGAAUUUCUUGUUUGGAGAUGAGUGGAUGGUUCAGAGUGGCGUGCCGUAUAUGGCCGGUUUACUUUCGUAGUUUCUUGUAUUUGAUUAUUUAUUCUUACUUUAUUAGUCCAUAGUAGAACUUUAAUAAACCGUUGUAGUUUUGGACAUUUAUGUGAGAAUACUAUAAAAUAAUAAUUAUAAUUUCAGUUA